UUUUACGAGAAAUGAGGAUACAUGUUAUUUUCGGAGAUACACAAAUUAUUAUAACUGUUAUUACCCACGCGGCCGCUAACUCGGCCUGAUUGUGCAUGUUUUAAACCACAUCCGAUACGUACCAUUGACAUCGAUUUGAAGCUAGUGAUCGGCGAUACUCACAAGCGUGACGUGUGUAUGAUGGAGUCCAAUCAAGCAUCUUCACUACUUGAGCAUAAACUGGAUGCCGACACCUUCAUCUGUGGAUUGUGCAAGGAUCAGUUUCAUGACUAUAACGUGUUCAUUGAACACAAACGUCUCCAUACUGCAGGAAGUGGAAAUAAACUAGGUGUUUCCAAGCAGCUGGUUGUAGAAUCACCUAGCAUGCAUAAUACAAGAAAGAGGAAAACAGCACAGUGUCUGACCACUUCAAAACCAUCUAAAACACAUGUAGAUUCAACUGCAGAUGAAAUGGAGUGCUCUACUAGAAAAGUUAGAAAGCAUACAUCUGAUCUGCUGACUAAAACAUCCGAUCGAAACACAUCAGUCAGUGUGAAAGUAAAGCGUGAACGUUUCGAGGAUCAUAAAAUAGGCAACCAGCCCAAUUUCACUGUUUCUGCAAAAAGCGAAACAAGAACUGUUCCCUCAAACCCACAGUGUGUCCACACACUACAUACACGCAAGAGCACCCGUCUCAUUGCGAGGCAGCACCGUAAAGCCAAGAAAGCAUCGUUCGAGCCAGACGUGCACGAGAAGUCGGGUGCAAGGAAUGUAGCCACCGCUUGUUCCACAAGAACGGGUGUACACGUUCUAAAACCAGAGAGUGAUUUAACACGAGAUCAGGUGGAUGUCCGCUCACAACCUAUUCACGUUAGCGAUGACGGAGUGGUACAUGAGAAACUAGUUGCUACCGCCAUGAAGACCCAUCAUGGGCUCAGCCGAAUUACAACACGGCAAAUUACAGCUAAGAAAGCUGUGUCACCUACUGAUUCAACACGCCAAGGUAUCAGUAAUGCAAGUACUCAGACAAAUUCUUGUGUUGAGAAAACUGAAAAUGGUCAGCCCAAAUCGCCGUGUUUUCGCAGCCAGAUUACGGUGUAUAUGAAAGCUGGCAUUUACACAUACCAGUGUGAUAAGUGUAAGGAGAUCUUUGACACCUACAUUAUUCUGCGACGUCAUCAGCGUAGACCUGUUAAGAUAGAAGAGGCUACUGUCCAGGAACUGGAAUCGAUACCUGGUGAUAUGGUGAAAAGGGAUAGCAAUAGAAACAUCACAGGCAAGAAGGGGCAAAUAGUUACGUUUAUUCGAGAUACAGAUAAGCCACGACGAGGUAGGAGGCCGAAGUUUAUACCAAACGUCACCAUAUGUCAUGGCAGCAAGACAGCUUUGUGCUUGGCUGAUGGAACCUUUCAGUGUCAGCAAUGUAAGGUCACUUUGAAGACUUUACAGGAAAUGGAAGAGCAUUGCAGUAUGAGAGCUGUUAAGGAUGCUACAGGCAGUACACUGAGCAGCAAGAUGGGAAAAUCAUCUACUGUAGAUACUGGAGCAGGAGGCGAUCAGGUUGGCAGCAAAGGCACGCUGCAGGCACCACAUGAAACACAUGAUGCUGGUAACAGCACGGAUGGCACAUUACAGAGACCACAUGAAACACCUGAUGCUGGUAACAGCAAGGAUGGCACAUUGCAGGGAUCACAUGAAACACCUGAUGCUGGUAACAGCAAGGAUGGCACAUUGCAGGGAUCACAUGAAACACCUGAUGCUGGUAACAGCAAGGAUGGCACAUUGCAGGGAUCACAUGAAACACCUGAUGCUGGUAACAGCACGGAUGGUGCAUUGCAGGCACCGCCUGAAAUAAAUCAUGUUAAUCAAUCGACGAAUGAACACGAUACUAACGCCGACAGCUCAGGAAGCGAAAGCCCAAAUUUCUCGGUCGACUCCGACUGCAUCGAGGUCAUACCAGUCUUCGACACCCAGGAGGAAGAGGACGAGUUUCAGGACUACUGCAACAGCGUUGAUCUGUCGGUGGUCGACGGCCUGUUCGUGAGAGAACUAGUGGAGCAGACCGGCGAAACAGCGGCAACGCGGCGCAGCCGCCCGCGGGACCUCGUGCUCUACCGCUGCAGCGUCUGCAGCAAGUUUCUCAGCUGUCGUAAGAAGGCACGCGAGCACUGCGUGCACCACGCUGACCUCUCUCCGUUCGUCUGCCCGCGUUGCGGCGAUCAGUUCAAGCUGAAGUCGAACCUGACGGUGCACAUGCGCUACCACACAGGCAACAUGUUCAAAUGCAGCGCCUGCCCAGCAGAAUUCGCGCGCAAGGACAUCCUGCGCAAUCACCUCACGUCGAUGCACGUCGCCGACGGGCUCGACUGUCGGCUCUGCGGGCGUGUAAUGAGAUCGCUGCCCACACUGCGCAAUCACGUCAAAAUCAAGCACCCAGGCGCAGCCGGCCGGCAGUACAUAGCAUCGCUGCGCAAGAACGAGCGCAGUAGUCCCUUCGUGCUGCACCAGUGCCAGUUCUGCAGCCGCUACUUCAAGAAGGCGAGUGAGCUCGACAAGCAUCUCGUGCAACACGACGCGAACAUGAGGUACCGCUUCGCGUGCAAACUUUGUGACAACGUCUCAACAGACGCCGCGUCACUGCGCAAGCACUGUAGGAUGCACAGCCUCGUAUACGCUUGCGCCGAGUGCGACGGCAAGUGCGUGAGCACACUCGCGCUCAUGGAACAUUUGACACAACAUUCCCGUGACAAAGAGCGGGUGGAAUCCUUGUUUCGCGAGAGCAUUAACUGCAGUUUCUACCUUCCGGACAGGUACAUCGUCAAUGAAGAUAUGAAAACCACGGCCGUAACUGACAUUAUUAAUCAGCUCGACAUAGAAUCCAAUUGGCUUGAUGAUUUUCUUAAGCAUGGUGCCACUAGUCCUAAUGUGCCACCCAGUCCUGGUACUAUUCUAAUAGAACAAGCUUGUGAAAAAGCGUCAUCAACCCCUCCCAGAUUGUCAACGGCAUUACAGUCGCUAGACAAUGGACAGGCAGACGUUGGGAACGUCCAUGGUUCGGGAUCUGUUACAGAGCUAAAGGCUGCUAUGAAUGCUGAAAAUGAAAAUGUGGAUGAUGACGAUGUCGCGACCAAUGUCGGAUACAAGGCGUGCAGUAACGACUGGCUCUCGCAAUAUAGAAAGCUUAAUGCUGGGCUGCUGCUGCUGAUCAGAGACUUGUACGGGCCUCUGGAAUGUGAAUUUUGCGGUAUUCUGUUCUGCGAUGAGCCGCAUUUCCACAUUCACGUGCAACGUCACGAGAAGUCUUCCUUGAAGUGCCAUUUUCCCGAGUGUAAAUUCGUAACCCCGAGCAAGAUGAGCUUGAAAUUACACGUCGAGUCGGCACACGUCAAGAAGUCGUUCUCCUGCGUAAAGUGUGACCACGAGGCGAAGGGCCGCGUGGCGCUGUGGCGUCACUGCAAGGCCACGCACGUCAACGCCAUGUGCUGCCACAUAUGCAAGCAGCAGUUUGCAGACCACGAGUUGCUGAAGAGCCACUUCGAGGAGGAGCACGUGGACAACGACAGGAGGUUUACGAGCCGCGUCGUCGGCCGGCACCACGUGUGCGAGACGUGCGGCAAGGUGUUCACGCGAACGAACGACCUGAAGCGUCACGAGUUCUGGCACAAGGGCGUGAAGCCGAUCAAGUGCACGAAGGCGAAUUGCCACUUCUCGUGCCGCAGCAAGUCGCACCUCAGCGAACACGUGCGCGUCAAGCACGCGAAUACGACGCACCUCUGCCACCUGUGCGGCGUCAAGUACAAGAGCCAGCGCUGCCUCGCCGCGCACGUGAGCGUGCACGAGACGGGCGCCGCGUACGCGUGCGCGCACUGCGCCUACACGGGCGCCACCGAGGAGCGGCUCAAGCAGCAUCUGGAGACGCACAAGCUGCGCGUCUUCCGCUGCCGGCUGUGCGCCUACGUCGUCACGACGAAGGUGAGCAUCACGAAGCACUACAAGGAAGUGCACCCGGGCGCCGAGCGCGACCCGGAGGUUGUGCCCGUCGAGUCGAUCGAGGAGAAGAGGAUCUACAAGCGCGGCGCGGCGACGGUCUCCCCGCCGCUGCGCCGGAGACCCCCGCGCGACGAAGAGGAGGAGUGCGAGGAGCUGCAGGAGGAAGCCGGCUCGGUCGAGGGCCGGGAGGAAGGGGAGCUGUUGUGCGGCGAGCUGCAGCUGCUGAACAAGCUGACGAGCGGCGCGGGGCUGAUGCCCGGUCAGGUGCUGCACUGCCAGUACGACGCCGACGGCAGCAUCCAACUGAUCGUCGCCGACGGCGCGCUGGAGGAAGACGGACGCUACGUGGUCGCCGAGCAGCAGCAGCAGGAGGAGGAGGAGGAGACUCAUGGCAACGGGAUGCAGGACGUGUUUGAUGCUCAGCACAUCAUCACCGUCAAGGAGGAGCCGGCUCCGCUCGACGAACCCAUGAUAAUCGUCUUCGAUGGGUCGUCGGAAAAUCAGGAGCAGCUGCUGCAGCAGGUGGUUGACGGGCGCUUGUCGCUUAUCGGGGAGGACCAGCUGGCGUGUCUCGAAGCACAGGUACCUACGGCCGGUAGCCACGAGACGAUAGUCACCUACGUAGAUCAGUCCGCAGAGUGCAUUUUCGAGAGCGCCGAAAUUUCGGCGGACGAGCAGAGUUCGAUCGAUAGAACGCAGACCGCAGUACAAGUUCUAGAGCAAUUGAUGUCUCUAACGCCUAGUGCUGCUGCCUCAUCACAAAUUUCUAAAUGAAGAGCGUAGUGACAGUGGUUACAUUUUACGUGUAAGGAUGCGCAAUGGUUCUUGCAUUUUCUCGUAUUAAUGCAAGGUCUUGUUGACAUUUAACGUGUCAAUGUUGUUUGUAGUAAGGGUUUGUAUGUAACAUUGCGGUAAGAUAAUACGAGCUAGUGAUCAGUAUGUAGAUUCGUAUUCAGAUUUUAUUCAUUUUAACGUUUGCGAGCUCCGUAGAUAUACGUAAAAUGUAGAUUGAGAGGUUGCUCGAUAGUUUGUUGGACAGACUAACAGUAAAUGUAAGUAUUUUCUCGCUUGUUACCACUUCCGAGACGAUUGCCUUGAGCUCUCAAGCCAUGCGGCCGUGUGAAUAUCUAAUACAGAUAGUCUACUGGUAAUUCUAGUUAGGGAAGCUCACAGGUCUAUACAUAAUUACAUGAGUGAAUAAAAACAAACUGAUUUUUUAUUAACUCCUGAUAAUUUAUAAAUGACGGCUUCUAAACUCGUGAUACUAAACGUACACUUGCCAGUGAGAGUUUUCCAAAGGAAUGCAUGGGUCUUGUCUUCAAAAACCUAACCUCUCGAAAUGAAAUAAAUGUAAUAUACAUGAAAAUGUAACCAGUUGUCAACAAGUCAGGAUGGUCAGCAGCCAGUUAGAAAGCAUCUUGCCUUCACAAGAAACACGCAGACCUGCAGUGUAUAUGAAAUAUGCGUGUUCUUGCAAUCGCGUCCAAAGUACUCUAGGUACAGUGGUACUAAUUCUUAUUUUGAGCUCCCUUUACUGCGUUAUCUCAUAUAAUAAUCACUAUAUUAUAAUGCCUAUGCUUGUACUGGGGUGUGAGAGGAUUGGUGAUAACCUACUUCUUUUAGCUGAAAUAUUUUCUAUAGGAACUCGUAUCUAAUCACAUAAUGAUAUUCAAUGGGAAUAAAUAAUUCAUGUCACGGAAUUUUGCGGUAAAACGGUUUUUUUUCGGAAGCUAAUACUUCUGUGAAUCAAGGUGUACUCACUUGAAAUUUACACGUGACAACGUGAAAUUUACGAACGCGUGCGCGCGAGUACGUGCGUGCGUGCGUGCACAUGUUUAUUUUUGUGUAAGAUGUCUUGCACGUGCUUUAGAUUUCUCUAGAAGGUAUACAUGGCUCAUUUGCAUAUACUUUGCAUCCUGUGAAGUGGUUUAUCUAGUAGUUUAUACUAGUGAGCCACAUUAAAGUUAUGGAAAUAUUUUCAGGUUUUUGAGCAAAUAAAUAUGCUUACAAUAAGGA